UAUUGGUUGAAAAUCGGAAAAGAAGUUGCAUUUUCUAAAAUGCUCCAACGGAAGCGUGAAGCACUGCUUUUGCUAGCCAAGGAUUUAGAAAAAUGUAUGAAAGAGCGCGAUCAAGUAAGGUCUCUCAUUAAGAAAAUAGUUUCAACUUGUGAAUGUGGUGCAGCUAGUCUUGUUGCCAAAGACAGAGAUUUCCCUGCAGCUAGUUGCGAUAACGGAGGCUCGCCAAUUGCUUACACCGGGCUGAGCAAAGAAAAUGAACUUGAGUUGCGUCGACAGAAGGGCAUCAUAAACGAGCUUAUUAAGCAGAAGCGCGAAAUGAGCGAAGAAAUAAAACAUUUGCAAAACAAGAAUAUGGAGGCUCACGAAGAUAUAAAGCUGUUGCGAGAGACUGUUGCAAGGCAGCGUGUGGGUUCUUCUGGAGGCAAUGCAGGGACGAGCUCAAGCUACUCAAGUACAAACUAUCAUGCAAACGACAUAGGAUGCGGUCAGGCGAGAUUAGAAGUUUUGAUAACCGAAUUGGAAGCUUCAAAACUGCGCAACGAUGAGCUAGAACAGGAAUUGUUUGCAUACCGUGAACAGAAUAAGGAACAGUCCAACGAAAAACUGUUUUAUGUUAGCCGCAGUGAGAGGUUAAAUGCAGAGUUGAACCAUAUUCUUGGCGGGGAUACGGAAAAGGCAAUAGUUGACAUAGACGCAUUAACGUUAGAAAAUAAUCAUUUGAAAACCCAGCUAUCGCAAGUAAAGUGCGAGAAAGACAUUCUCCAAGCUCAUUAUUUGAAGCUAAAGCAAAUCAGUGGAAAACCCAAGCCAAAUCCUAAGCGAAAUGACAAAUCAAUUUUCCAUUCGGUUUCCCAGAGAACUGCAAGUACGGUUAACGGUCAAUGCAAUUUCUUGUCCACAAAAGAAGUGCAAAACUACUUAAUGGGUGCGCCAGGAGAAAAUUUCCCAGUAAGCGCCAAAACUGUCGAAGAGCUGCAUACAUUAGCUCUUUCGUUAACCGAAACCAUUGAAGAGAAAAAUAUGUCAUUAUCUCAUCAAAAACAAACAAAUAAAGCUUUAGGAGUGCGGGUGUCAGAACUUGAAAAUAAAUUGAAGGCAAUUGAGUGUCAAACACUGAAAAGUAAUUCACAAGCAAUCAAAACUGCCAUCAGUAGAAAUGAAAGACCGUUGGUCGGUUGUUUCGCUGCAUUAGGACAAUCUCAAGAAUGUAAUGAUGAAGAUCUAGAGAAAGACCUUUCCGAUUGGGUGAAAAAUUCGGCCAAUGAUGAGCGGUCUGAAUCGAAACGUUCAACUCUCUUAGACGAUUGGAUCGACUCGGAAAAAGAUGUAUUCAAUAACAAUGGAAUGGAAUUCGAACAGAAUAACAACGAAGCUCAUGCCUGCGACGAUGGUAAUAUUAUGAAGGAUAUUACAGAAGACUUUAAUGAAGUUUUCCCUGAGCUGCCAUGUUCCUUAACAAGGGAUCCUUCUUUGCCGAAAGAGGAAAACGAAGUUCUACGCAAAUUUUUCCACAGUAUUGACUCACAACUUUCAAACGAACUCAAAUCUGAGAAUGAUCUUGAUGAGAUAAGUUUAGUUUUAGAUUAGAUUUGCAAUUUAUUUAUGAACGAUUGAAUGUUUAUAUUAAA